CUUGAAUAAUUUAAAUUUUUAUAUAACGAUGUUUAUGCAUUAGAUACCAAAAUAGAGAGCGAGCCAGGUAAUAAAAAAUGCAAUUUAAAGGAGAAAAGGUUUGAAUAGACAUUUAUUAUGUAGAGCGCAAAAAUGUAAUGCAAGAACAUUUGGAGAGAUUAGCCAAUAAAUUAGAAUACAAGGUUUAUCCAUACCAUAUAACUCACUAUGAUCCAGCUCAUUCUGAUUAUAUUCCAGCUCAGAGACAAGAUUAUAAAUAAAGAUUGGCAGUGGAUACUCAUAACAUGCUUAUUGAUGGAGUAAAAAGGGAUGUGACCAUGUAAAAAUAAGUUGAUGAAGCAAUUAAGAACUUAGAUAGACCAUAUUUAAAAGGCAAACACGGAGUUACGAAGAAUAUUACAGGUGGUCUCAGAGAUUACUUCCCUAUUUAAAUAACAUAUGGAUAAACAGGAAAUCUUGAGAAUGAGGAAUUGGAAUAUGAAAAUGUGUUUAGAAAUGAAAAAAGGUGGAUUGCUUAAACUAUUUAUCCAGUUGAAAAAACUGAAAGUGAUAAGAGACAUGAAAAGGAAUUGGAAUAGAGACCUGUGACUAGAAAAUUUCAUCCAGAUAAAGGAUCAAAAUAUGAUGUUGAGACUCCUUAUCAUUUAAGAUUCCCAUAUCUUGCAGAUAGAUUAGGACAUCCAGAAUUUUUGGCUAAUCCAUUUCAGAGGUUGUUUAGAUUAGAAAGUGAUAUGUAUCAUCCGAGUUAUAAUGAUUAACCAUUUGUUUAACAUCCAUCAGCUGAUCCAGAUCCUGCUUUGAAUUUUGAAGAAGGAGAAGUGAUCUAUGAGAACACAAGGUUAUAGGAAUGGUUGAAACUUGUAUGGUGGACUGGAACAUUUAGUUUUGCUUGGAUUUGUUGGGUGUUACCAUAUAACAUUGUUUAUAAAACAAAUCUAAUGUUUGAUCAUUAAAUUGAUGCCUCCUUUUACCCUUAUCAUUUAUAAUCUAUCUAUAAUAUGGAUUACAUGAGAAUCAAUGUAUUAGCUGCAACUGCUGCUUCUGCUUAUCUAUGGUAUUUCCAUCAUAUGUCUAUGAAUGAUAUUGGAAGGAAUUAUGUUACAAAAGUACAAUACAAUAAAGAUAAAGAAAUGAUAUUUGUUACUAGGAUGGGUUCAUUCGGUGUUAUUAGAGAAGAUGUAUUUGAAACACAUCAUCUUGAAGUAUUGCCAUACUAUACCCGAUCUGGUGUGUAGAAUAUGAGAUAAAAUGUAUAUCCUCAUUUAAAACUAUAACUUAGGAUUUAGGAAUGUAUGAGUUGUCUUGCUUGAAUAAAUAGGAGUUGAUGUACUUGUAUAAGGAAGAUGCUUUCUGGAAUCCUAAAUUAAAAACCCAAUUUCUGACGAAUCAUACUUAAUUGAUAUCCAAAUAAUAUUUUGGAUUAAAGAGGUAAUUAUCAAAUCUAAGUUUAAAAUAGGAAUGAGUAAGAAGAAUAUGAAAAGACUUAAACUAUAGGGGAACUACCAUUAAAAGAUUUACCUGCUCCAUGAAUUAUGAUUCAUAUGCAUAUUUUAAAAUAUU